AUGGUAUAUGCUGUCAUAUUGAAAGACCAAGUUGAUGAUCAUUUUCUUAAAAGAAGAAAACACUCGAAUCAUAAACGCGUGAGAAAUAAUACAAAUACUUAUCAUCAAAAUAAUUCAUGGGCAUAUAUACCGCCCAAUGAUGAUAUAGAGAAAAAGAAAAUAAUAAAAAAUGAGAAAAGAGAAAAACCAGAGAAAAAGAAAAAAGAAAGAAAAAAGGAAACCGCUAACAUCCUUGGAACGAACAAUAAAUAUUCCAUAUUAAAUUAUUUUGAUUUAAAAAAGAAAGAUAAGAAAAUAGAAAAUAAGAAAGAUGAUCUUAUUAAUAAUGAUUGUAAAAAUAAAGAAACGAAUAUAUUUAAAGAUAGCUUUUAUCAUAUUAAAAAUGAUGUUAAUAAGUCUAAGGAUUCCAUAGAAAAAUAUAAUAAAGUUGUAUUAAAAUAUAUUAAAAUAAUAACAAAAGGACUUAUAAAUGAAAAUAUUAUCAAAGAAAAAAUAUUGAAAUUAUUAAUUUUAUUAAAACAUGAAGAUAUCUAUUUAAAGAAAUUUUCUAAAAAAAUUUUUUCUUUUGAAAUGAAGAGGAAAUAUGGCAAAGAUUAUGGUUUAAUGAAAAAAGGAGAGAAAAAAAAAAGAGGAAAUCAUAAUAUAAAUAUCAAGGAGAAAAUAUAUAUAAAUAAUAUAUAUAACAAUAUAUAUAAUAAUAUAUGUAAUAAUAAUAAUAAUAAUUAUUGUUAUAAUUAUAUUACUACAAUUACCAAAUAUUAUAUUAACAAUAUUAAGAAUAAUAUUUACGAAUACAAAGUAACAUAUUGUAAAAAAAAUAAUUUACUUCUUUUUCAAUAUUAUGAUGGUCAACAAAAAGCAUUUAAAAUAUCUCAGAAUUCUUUCUAUUACCUUUUAUCAAAUGAUAAUCAAUUAUUUUGUCAUAUGCCACUUCAUAAACAUAUAAAAGAUAAAUAUGAUGUACAAGAAAAAGAAUAUAUUCAGCAAGACAUGUUAUAUCAACAUACUAAAUCAUGUACACAUAUUAUAAACGACCAUUUGGGUAAUCGUAUAUGUACAAAAAAAAAAAAAAAAAGUAACAUAAAUAAUGACAAUUAUUAUUAUAAUGAUAUAAAAAAUAAAUAUAUAUAUACCCUAGAAAAUGAUAUACAUCAAGAUCAUAUCAAAGUUAAUGUUAUUCAUAUACAAAAUAAAACGGAGAAUAUACAAUUUGUUUUACCUUAUAAACCGAUUAGAAUGUUUUAUUCAAAUAAUUUUCUCUUUUUUGUAAAUAUCAUAAACAAGUCUAAAGAUUUACAAUAUUUUACAUAUUCUAUUUAUAAUAAUAAUCAUAAAAAUCAAAUUCGAAUAGUCUACGUCUCAGCGAUUCAUCCAUUGCUUCAUGAUAUUAUUGUUGAUAAAAAUAAUUUUUCUUUAUUUAAAAAAUGUAAAUAUUUUUAUGAAGAAGAAAAAUUAUUUAUAUGGACAGAUAUGUCUUUACCAAAAGAGAAAAAUAAAAUAAAAAAUAAAAUAAAAAAAAAACAAAAAAAAAACAGCAACACUAUAAAUCAGAUACCAAAUAUAAAUAUUAUACAUAUUAAUACAAAUGUUAAUAUUUGUAUAGCAUAUGAAAAUACAACAGAAACGUAUUUAUUCUUUCAUAUCUCUUUUGAUAUUAUAAAAUAUAAUAAUCAAUAUUUAAAAACAUAUCUGAAGAAAGAAGAAAAUAUGAAUUAUUUUAUUACCUUUCAACAUUUCUUAAGUAUCGAAGCAAAUAAUUUUGUAUAUAAAGAAACAAAACAAAAAAAUCAUCUCUUGUUACAUAACAUUAAUUUUAAUACUGAAACAUAUACACCUCAAAUUAUACUUACCUGUGGUGGAAAUAAAACUAUUCAAAAUAAAAUAAAAUUAUGUCUUUAUGAUAAUAAUAAUAAUUUAUUAUUUCUAAUACCUAUAUAUCAUAAAUAUGUAAAGGACAAAAUUAAAAUUAUAAAAAAUGUCUUAAAUUUUUCAGCAAUAUCCAUGUGUAAUAACAUGAAUGAUUUUCAUUAUUUUCCAUAUAACUUAUGUGUACCUAUAAAUAAUAAAAUAAAUACAACUCAACUAAAUCUCCAUUUUAAAAAUCUAAAACCUGAACAAACCGUUGUUAAUGUCUCGACGUCAAAUGAGAGACACAUAUACUUUUCAAACAUUUUAAAAAAAAAAAUGGAUAUAUUAAAAACUAAAGAACAUACAUAUAAUCAAGAAUAUACUUCCUCAUCAAAUGAUAAUAAAAAAAAAAAAAAAAAAAAAAAUCAAGGGGAAUCACAGAAAAAUUAUAAUAUUUUCCUUUCUUCAGAUGAGGAGAAUAAUAUGAAAUAUGGUACUAUAAUAAAUAUUAAUCAGAUGAAUAAUUUUAUUAUAAUAUUAAAUAAAAAUGGUAUGUUAUAUUUAUUAUGUGAUGAUAUUUACAUAUCAAGUAUUUAUUUAUAUAAUAACACAUCACAAAUAUAUAAUAUGUAUGAUUCUAAUUUAUCCAAUAUAACGGUAGAUACAAUAAAUUAUCAAAAUAAUUCUCUAUCGUUUGGAUCAUAUAGAGUUCAUAUAAAUAUAUUACCAACAAAUAUAUCUUUAAAAAUUAUCUUAAUAUUUUUUUAUUAUUAUAUAUGUAAAAAGAUUUGUAUGCAGUUCUUUACAUUAUGUAUUUAUGAAUGUAGAAAUAAUAAAAUGAAGAAUGAUGUAAAUAUAUGCGAUAGAGUUAAUAUAUUCCAUUUUGUCAAUAUUGAUAUAUAUUCAUUUUGUAAUAAAUCACAUAAAUUAAUUAAACAAAAAUGUGAACAUGUGAAGGAUAUAAAUGAUCAAAUGUUUAUGAAUAACAAAAAUAAUAAUGACCAUAAUAACAACAAUUAUAAUAAUAAUAAUAAUAAUAAGAUGAAAAACAUUUGCGGUAAAAUCAACAAUGUGGAUAAAAUCAACAAUGUGGAUAACAUCUAUCAUACCAACCAACACAUUUAUAAUAAUUCUGAAAAAUACAUAUAUCAUAAUAAUACAAACAACAAAUGUAAUAAAUCGCCUCUUUUUUCACACGAAGAAAAAUAUUAUAAUAAUAAAGAAGAUGAUACACUAUUUUUUAUGAAUUAUACAAAUUAUAAUGAAAUGCUCGAUAUGAAUUUCUUAGAUUUUGAAAAUAUCCAAUAUCUAGAAUUUUGUAGAUUUAUUUAUCUGUUCCUUUUAAUUUGUGUAGAUAAUUUAAAAAUGUAUAAAAAAAUGGAAAAAUAUUUAUAUAUUAAAAAGAAAAAUAUAAAUACUCAUCAUUAUGUAGAAUAUCAACAAUCUAAAUAUAAUUGUUUUCGUUUUAAUUUUGAUAAAGAUACAAAUAUUUCAUCAGAUCAAUAUUCUUUAUCAUCAUCAUUGCCUAAUACUAAUACAACAUGUACUACUGAAAGGUUAAUAUGUAUAAAUAAAAAAAAAAAAAAAAAAAAAAACAAAGGGACAAAAAAAAACAAAGAGACAAAAAAAAACAAAGAGACAAAAAAAAACAAAGAGACAAAACAAAAAAAAAACAAGGCGACAAAACAAAAAAAAAACAAAGAGACAAAACAAACUCAAUCAAAAUAUACUAUUCAUAAUAAUUAUUAUAAUGUAAUAAAAAAGUUUAUAAAAUAUUUACAUAUAAAAUAUACACAUAUUUAUAAAAAUAAAUAUUUAAUACUUUAUUAUCUACAUACCUUUUAUGACGAGAUUUAUAUAUACGAAUAUAUUGAUCAGAAAAUUAAAGAUGAUAUAGCAUUAAUAAUCAUUAUAUUAUCUUAUACAAUCAAUUUAUAUAAUUUCAUAUUUUAUUAUAUCAACAAAUUAAGUCCAUGCAAAAAAAUACAUAUGACAUAUUUUUAUAGACAUGUAUGUAAACAAUAUUUCAAAAAUGAAAUAGUUAAGAAAUAUACUUCUUAUAUAUCCCUUCUAAAAAAUAAUUAUAUAUUAAAUAAUAAAGAAACACAACAUCCAAAAUUGUCACCACAAAAGUUUAGAAACAAACUUAGUUGUAAUAAUGAUCUAUCUUAUUCUCAACACGCUCAAUUAUUUUCACCUCUUAAUAAAAAAAGAAAAAAAGGAAAUGUAAAAAUCAUGACACAUAUAAAAAAUGUUGAUAAAAAUGUAAUACAAGAUCAAGAUAAUAUGAAAUCAAAAAGAAAUAAGGAAUAUAAAUUUGAAAAAUAUUUAUUUAUAAAUAAUUAUCUUAAAGAAAAAUUUAUCAAGUUAGACAAUGUUACUAAUAUAUUAGAUAUCAUAUAUAAUAUAAUAUAUCCUGAAAAAAAAAAUUGGGAACAUAUAAAUGAUAAUAUAAAGCAUUCUAUUAACGAUUUAUAUAUUUUACAACACAACGAACAACCAUCUAACAAGUUAAAAUUAAAAUAUGAAUAUUAUAUAAAAGAAAUGAAAUGUAUUUUUAACAUAUUAAACAAAUAUUAUAAAAUGUAUGAUACAGAAGAGAAAUGUCAUACUUCAUAUUAUACAUAUGAUAGGAAUAAAAAUAAAAUGUGUAAUAAAAAAACCAACUUUUUACAUAUUCAUAAUAUAAACACGUGUUAUGAAAACUUCUGUAGAUUUAAAAAUACUAUUCUUUAUAAUGAACAAAUAAAAUUUUUAUUCUGCUUCCAUUCUUUAUAUUUUCCUUUAAAAAAUUUAUUAUUUAUAUCUUUUAUAAAUUUAUUUUAUCAUAAAAAUAUAGAAAGAAAUAUAGUGAAGGAUCAUUUCUAUCGUAAUGUUCUUAAAAAUGAAAUGGACGUUAUAUAUGUCUCUAUAUCAAAUUUGAAUUUUAUGAAAAACACACCACACCAUAAUAAGAAACAUGGAGUUGUUAUGUAUGAAAAAGUAAUAAUAUGUAAUAAACAAAAGACAUACGAUAAUUACCAAAGGAAUAAUAAUAAAAAUGAUGAUGAUAAUAAUAAUGAUGAUGAUGAUGAUGAUAAUAAUAAUAAUAAUAAUAAUAAUAAUAAUAAUAAUAAUAAUAAUAAUAAUAUCUAUAACAAUAAUUAUUAUUAUGACAAUAAUUUAUUCUUAUCAUACCUACAUUUAUACGAAAAGAAUAGCAUAUCGUUAUAUAAAAAGAAUUUAAAACUUUUUGAUAAUUUUAACUUAACUCAUAUAAAUUUUAUAAACGUAUUAUUUAACUUUAUAUUUUAUGAAAAUAUAUAUUUAAUUAAUUUAUACUUAUAUUACAUUUACUUAAUAUAUAAUAUACAAACUCAAAAAAAACACCAAUUAUUUUGUAAUAAUAAAUGUCUUAAUAGAACACAUUAUAAAGAAGAACAAUAUAAUUAUUGCGGUGUUGUAAGAGAUGAAAAUAAUAUAAUAAUAAAGAAUAAAAUAAGGAGUAAUACAGAUUUAAAUAAUUAUCAAAAUAUAAUAAAUAACAAAAUAUAUAAAAGCAUAAAUAAAAAUAAAGAAAUAAUUUCAAGUCCAAAUAAUAUGCCAUAUAUAAAUCUAGAUUCUACGAAAAAAGGUUCUCUACACAAAAAUGGGUUCUAUUUAAUUUCUAAUGAUAAUAAGAAUAAAAAAUAUUAUUCAUUAGAUAAGGAACAAAUGGUACAUAUAAAUAUGAUGAAUUUAUUUUAUUCAUAUAAUUACUUUAAUUUUAAAAAUAUAUUUUUUUAUAUAACCAUAAAUAGAGAAGAUCUUUAUCUUAAUAAAUGUCUCAUGUCUUCCAAUAAAAAAUUAAAAAUCAAUUUGUAUAGAGUCAUAGACAUAUUGAAUGAAACACACUAUAAUAAUAUAUUUAAUGGUAUUCAUAAAAAUUAUUGUAUGAAAAGAAUGAUGAACAAAUAUAAAAAAAAAAAAAAAAAUUAUGAUAAUGCUAAUAUGAAUAGUUUAAGCAAUACAUCUAACGUAAACAUCAACAACAACAACAAUAAUAAUAAUAACAAUAGUAAUGGUAGUAUCAGAAGUAGUGGAUAUAAUUUGAUUGACAAUAAUAUAAAUUAUAGUAAUCAUAAUAAUAAUAAUCAUAAUAAUAAUCAUAAUAAUAAUAAUUAUUAUUAUUAUAAUAAUAUGAAUUCUACAUGUAAAAAAAAAGUGGAAAUUGUACAAAAGAGUUAUUUAAGCGAUUAUAAAAUAUUAAAAGAUUGUUGCUUCUUUUUUGAUACAUUUAAAAUGGACCGAAACAUUUCUACAUGUUAUUUCCCAAGAAAUAAAGAUCCUGUUUUAGUUUAUUUAAAUAAUUUUCAUAAUUACUAUUUUUCAAAGUAUUAUAAAAAAAGAAAAAUGCAUUUAUUAAAAGAAAAUAACGAAUUUAGAAACGAAAAAAAUGAUUUAAUAGAUCUUGUUGAUAUGUAUAAUACUUCAGAUAGUUUAGAAAGUGCAUAUAUACAUAAACAUAAAUAUAAUAAAAAAAAUGUAAAUAAAUAUUUAAAAAAAAUAAUAAAAAUGAUGGAACUAGAGAAAUUAGAAGAAAAACACAUUUUAUUAGAUAUUAAAAGAAAUGAUAAUUUAGAUAAUAAAGUAUUAGAUCUUAUACAUUUAUAUUAUACAUUUGAAAAAAUAUAUAAAAUGAAAUAUUUAUCCAUGUUUCAUAUUAAUCAUAUAAAUAUUUUCCAUAUACUUAAUUCUAUACACUACGUUCCAAAUAUUAAUUUUAAUAUUAAUUAUUAUCUUUAUGUAUAUUUAUAUGAAUAUAAAAAUAAUAAUACAAGAUUUAGUAAUAAUAUAUCAUUUCAUAAUAAUGAUACCAAUUCUUUAAAUAGAUUCUCACAUACUAAUAACACAGAUGUUUUAGACACAUCAAAUCAUAUAUCUACAUAUAGAUAUAUAAAUCAAUUUAAUCAUCCAUCUAGAAAUAUUCUAAAUCGUGUAAGUAGAAAUGAUACCAACAGCAAUAUUAACAAUCAUUAUACACAUGAUAAUUAUAUUAUUCCAAAUAAUAAUAAUAAUAAUAAUAAUAAUAACUAUAACUUUAAUGAGCCUUCUGAGGUUACUAUGUUUAAUAGGCGCUUGCGCGAGUUUAAUAAUUAUUGGGAUCCUCCCACAAGCGACAAUCAAAACAACAACAAUAAUGAUCAUAAUAAUGAUCGUAAUAAUGAUUAUCAUAAUGAUCGUAAUAAUAAUGAUUUUCAUAAUGAUUAUCAUAAUGAUUUUCAUAAUGAUUAUCAUAAUAAUUAUCAUAAUAAUGAUCGUAAUAAUGAUUUUCAUAAUAAUGAUCGUAAUAAUGAUUAUCAUAAUAGUAUUCAUUAUCAUCAGGCCACCAACAGAAUAGGAACACACUCUGGAAUAAGACAUGUGACAUCAAGUAAUUCACGAAAUAGAGGGAUGAUGAACAAUCAAAAUGGUACAUUUAAUUCAAAUACACAUGUCUCCAAUGUAUCACCUAGUCUUAGUAAUAAUUAUUAUUAUAAUCAUCCAUCUAUGCAUGAAAGAAAUUAUAUAGACAUGCAUAGAAAUGACUCUAUAAUUAAUAAUUAUAAUGGAAAUGAUCAUUUAGAAGAUAGAAGCCCACGUAUUAAUCGUCUGGAAAAUAACUCAUAUUAUGAUAUAUCUCAAGACGGACAUCUUAUGGCUAAUCCCAACGAUAACAAUAUUUAUAACAACAAUAUUUAUGAUAACAAUAAUAAUAAUUAUCAUUAUCAAAGAAGUAGUUAUAAUUAUAAUAACUACUCAGGAAGCUUUUUGGAAGAAACACAAAACUUCAACAUGAAUAAUAGACAUCAUAAUCAUCCUUUACAUUAUGAAGAGAAAUUAAAGAAAUUCAAAUAUAAUAUAAAAAAAAGAAAUAAAAGGAAUAUUAAAAAAAUAGAACUCAAAGUGAAUGAUCUGCUGAACUCAUUAAAUGUUCACAUAAAAACUGAUAAGAUGGAAGUUAUUUUUUUAUUAAAUAAAUAUUUUAAAAAAUUAAAUAAAUAUAAAAAAAGAGCAAGACAUUUUAAUACUAUUGGUAUUAAAGAAUUAGGAAGAAAAACAGGAAUACCUUCACAUUCUCAAACUACCGAUCUUUUUGAUAAUAUCUAUUUAAAUAAUAAUCAUAUGAACAAUGCUUCUCAGAAUAAUUUUCUUUUCUCACGCGAUUCAUUUAGGCACAGCAGCAUAAUACAGGAUGUAAAUCAAGAAAUUUAUUUAAACGAUCAAAGUGUAGCUUCCGACAGUUCCUCAACAAUUUGUGAUAGCGAUAAUAAUGAUAAUAAUGACAAUGGUAAUAAUAAUGACAACAAUGGUGAUAAUAAUGACAACAAUGGUGAUAAUAAUGACAACAAUGGUGAUAAUAAUGACAACAAUGAUGAUAAUAAUAAUAAUUAUUUACACACCCAUCAAUGUGAAUACUUAUCUUAUAACAGAAGUCAAGAUAACUGUUCGCCCAUCGAAAAAGACGAGAGCAAUUUUAAUAACAAUUUUAAUGAUGAAGAUUAUCAUAACAACGGAUUAUAUAAAUCUAAGUCUUGUUACAUAAGAAAUAUGAAUACUGCUCAUAUGAAUGACUCUUCUAAUGAUGAAUUUUACUCAAACAACUUUUUAUAUACACCUAAUAAAAAUAUACAAAACGAAUCAUACAAUAAUUAUAAGAACAAUGAUAUAUCCUUUGAUAAUAUUAAUGGAUUAUCUAGUUUUAAUCAUUAUAUAAAUGAUAGGAGAUAUAGUCAAUUAUCGUUCUUUAAUUAUGAUACUAGUAGACAUCGUAAUAGUUAUGGUUUAGAAAAUAAUCAUAGAUCUAACAAUCAUCAUUUUUAUAUUGGAAGAAGAGAUAGUAGUAUGUCAUUUUAUAUGAACAAUUUUAGAGACUCAUAUAAUAAUAUAAAUGAAAAUCAUAUAAGACCAUAUAAUUAUAAUCAUGCAUCUAAUAAUUAUUCAAUUUUAUCGAAUCCGCACAUAUAUAAUAGGUCAUCUAUAAAUUAUAUAAGUGGUCCAAAUGGUAUGACAAACAUAAAUAAUAAUGAUGAUAAUAAUAUUAUUUCACAUAAUAAUAACCACAAUAAUAACCACAAUAAUAACCACAAUAAUAACCAAAAUAAUAACCACAAUAUUAACCACAAUAAUAACCAUAAUAAUAACCACAAUAUUAACCACAAUAAUAACAACAUUGUGUAUGACCUCUCCUAUAGUAAUAAUAAUACCCCCAUUGAAGAAUUUCGUCAUAUGAACGCAACAAAUUAUUUACAAAAAAAAGGUUCUAAUAAAAAAAUAGAUUAUUUUGAUUUUACAUUUGAUAAAUUAAAAAGUUUAAAAUUUAAUAAUUUUGUAAAUUCGAAAAUUAAAAAUUUAUUUAAAUUACAAUGCUCUUUAUGUCAAACUAUUUUAUAUAAAAAAAUCGAUUUAUCUUUAUAUGUACAUACAAAUUAUGAAGAAAAUGAUGAUCAUCAUAAUAAUAAUAUAACCUUGCUAAAUAUUAUUAAUAAUGAACAGUAUUUAUACAAAUUUUUAAAUAAAAAUUAUAAAUAUUGUGGUACAUAUUACCUUGCUGGUUUCAUCUAUGGAUUAGGAUUAUUACAAUUUUUCCAAAAUAUAAAAAUAUACUUAUUUAUACAAUAUAUAUUAAAAUUUAAAAACAGAUGCUUAUAUAUAUGUUCCAUACUAGGAUUAUCCUUAUCCCUAAUUAAUUCACAAAAUAAAGAAUUAACUACCAUAUGUCUAAAAUCCAUAUUUAAAGAAAUAUAUGAUCAUAAAAAUAUUAAUUAUGAACAUCUCAUCUUUUAUUGUUUGAACGACAAUAAUGAUAACGACCAUUCGGAAAUUCAAAAAAAUCAUCAUAUUAUAUAUGAAACCAGAAGGAAACAACAAAAUUAUAAACCAACAUCUCACAUAUGUAGUAAUAAUAUUGACUGUACCAAACCAUACCCUGUUAAGAAGCACGACAAGUGUGAUAAUUCUUACAGCGAACAUUUAUAUAGCGACUAUCAUACUCAUAAAAAGGAUUCUAAUAUAGAUUUAUAUUUUAGAGAUGACCAUAUAGAUCCAUCUCUUAAUAAUAAUUAUAAUGAUGAUCACGAUCCACCUAACAACUUUUAUAAUAAACCAAAAAGGAGCCAUAAAAAUUAUCUGAAUAUGAUUUUUUCAAAAGAAAAUGAAUACACACAGGAAAGUAGUUCCAGCAUCUUUAUUACUAGCGAUACAUCGAGCUCGAAAAAUGUAUUAGAUAGAAAUAUAGGAAGUUCAAACAUAUACAACAGUAAUAUAAUUCCAAGUAAUGAUGAUAUAAUAAUUAAUCAAAUAAAUACAACUCCAAGUAGAAGUGAGCAUAUUAUAAAUGAUCACACAAAUAUUCAUCACAUAAGAAAUAAUAUACACAAUACAGAUUCAAAUGUAUUAAUAAUAAAUAAUAAUGUAGAUGAGAAAAAAGAACAUUGUCAAGAAGACCAUGAUAUAAUGUUACUACGGAAUAAUAAAAAUUGUGCUUAUAAUAAUGAUGAUACAAAAAAUGAAUCUAUUAAUAUUCUAGAUACUUAUGAUAAUAUUGAUGAAAUAUAUGGAAAUCUAUUAAAUAUUUCUAUUAAUAAUUCUUUAUCUUCAGGUAUUUCAAAUAUAGAUGAUACUCAUAAUAAUACAUACCAUAAAAAUCUAAAUAAAACAAAAAUACAAAAAGAAAAUAAACGUAAAUGGAGAAAAAUGAAAAAAAAUCAUAUAAAAAAAAAAAUAUAUCUAGAUAAUUUAGUAUUAAGUAGUAAUUUUAUAUGCUUAGGAUAUUUACAUAUGAAUAGUAAUAAUAUAUGUUUAACAAAAUAUAUAUUAAAAUGUUUAGAAAAAAAAAAUUUAACGAAAUUAAAUCUAUUAUCCAUGUUUUGGUCAGUUGGAUCUAUUAACUUUCAAAAUGGUAAUAUAUUUAAUAAUAUUAUUAAGACAUUAUUCUUUUUCAUAAAUAUUAAUAUACCAUAUAAAAUUCAUAAAAAUAAUCUUAUAAAAAAUUACUCAUUAAAAAAUGUAAAUCAAAAUGAUAUAUCAUAUGAUAUUAUGUAUAUGAUGAUAUCUUCAGCACUCUCCAUUUCCUUAACAUUUUUUAAAACUAAUAAUAUCCACGCAUGCAAUAUGAUUUUUAUACCUACACAAAUAGAUCAUACUUAUUAUUUUAAUUAUUAUGAAUUAAUGGUAAAGGUAUUUACAAGAAAUAUGAUCAUGUUUGAUUUUAUAGAAUUAUCACAUGAAUAUAUACUUUCCAAUUUGCCUAGCUUUUUAAGAAUACUUCCUUCAGAUUUAAAAAAAAAAAAAAAAAAAAAAUUAAAAAAAUACGAUCAUAAAACAAAUUGUCAACAUCCUGCUUGUAAUAAUUCUUGUGAAACAGGUUGUAAAGUUGGUUUCUUCGAAGAAUCUUAUGAAAAAUUAUAUGUAGCAAAUAACAAAUUACCAUAUAUGCAUCUUAUAAAUAAUGAUGGGGAUUUUAAACAAAUAAAUGUUCAAAAUAAAUAUGUAUUUAAAAAUGGUCAUAUUAAUUUAGCACAUCCAUUUAUAUAUAAUGAGAUGAAUAAAACAUAUACAAACGGUUGUUAUUUUGUUAUGAGGGAAAAUAAUUACAUUACAUGUUAUAAUAAAAGAAUGAAUCAGCCAGUAGAUAAUUUUAGUUAUUUCUUUCAUGGUCUUAAUCCUACCCAGCAUGAUAUGUUUGAUCAUAGCGAAUGUGAGGAAUGCACCUGUCAAGGUAACACAGAAAUUAAAAAUGAUAUAAAUGGAUAUAUAGGAGAAGAUCAAAAUGAAGAUGAACAUAUGAAGAUUAAUCAUAACAAUAAUGAAAAUAAUGACAACAAAAAAUGUAUACACAUGUGUGGUCACAAAAAAGAUAUAAAUAUUAAUAAAAACUAUUCAAAUAUAAAAUGUAUAAAUCCUUCUUGUGUUACAGAUUCAAAUAUUCAUCAUGUAAAUUAUCAAUAUAAAGAAAAUAUGCAAAAAAAAAAAAAAAAAAAUUAUUAUUUUAACCCUUACUGGAAUAAUAAAAGUGAAGAACAUAAACAAUUUUUUAAAAAUUCAACUUUAAUUUAUAAUUGUGAAAUGUUAAGAUAUUAUAUCAUCAUAGGAGUGUUACAAGCUAUGAGCUUAAAAUUUUUAUCGACACAUAAUGAACAAUUCAAAGAAAUAUGUUUCGAUUAUAUUUCUUAUUUUCAAAAUAUUAACAGUAAUAUUAAUUGUACCAAAAAAUUACAAAAAUUAUAUAAAAAAAUUAAUUAUCUUGUACAUAAAAUCAAAGAUAAUGUUAAAAGAGAAAAUAUCUUACGUCUCAUUCCAAAUCAUCAAAAUGUUUUCCCAAAUUGUAAUUAUAAUGAACAUAAUUAUAAUAUAUUAAAUAAACACCUGAACGAUUCAGGUAAAAAUAAAACACCACUUGAAAAUAAAAUAGACAAUUUUGACAAACAAAAAAAAAAUAAUAAUAAUAAUAAUAAUAAAUAUAAUGAUGAUAAUAAUAAUAACAACAACAACAAUAAUAAUAAUAACAAAAAUAACAAUAAUAAUAAUAAUAAUAAUGAUAACCCUUUAUAUUAUGAACAUAAAUUUUCUGAUCUAAAAAUACAACAAUCCUACACACCUACUCAAAGGAGUAACAAAAAAGGAUGGAAUUUUACUGACUCGAUUGAACACUCAAAUAAUAUUUAUUUAAAUGAAGAGAAUAUAAAAAACGAAGGAGAGAAAAAAGAAAAAAAACAAUUAAAAGGAAAUGAAAAAAAUAUUAAUCAUCAUUAUAAUAAAAAUCAUAUAAUGUAUUAUAACAACAAUGAUAUUAUCUAUGAAGAGACAUAUAAAUUAAUUUUGAAAUAUGUUGAAAAAAUUAAAAAAGUUCGUAAAUAUUUAGAAAUGAAUAAUUAUAAAGGUCAAAAUAAAAAAUUUAUAAAUACUAUUAUAAUAAAUAAUCUAAAAGGAAAUGAUGAUUUUUCAUGUAUGUAUAAAAUAAAAGAACAAGAUAUUAAUGAUCUUAUUAAUUUGAUCUAUCAAUGUCUAUCGUUUGUUUUUGUUGGGAGUUGUGAUCAAAUAUUAAAUAGAAAAAUUAAAAAGAAAAUAAAUAAUGUAAUUAAUGUAAGAGAUAAAAAUUCAAAUAAUCUUUAUUAUUAUUAUUUAGGAUAUAUUAAUUUAGGACAUGGGAAAUGUGUAUUAAAAAAACAAACAAAUAUAUCUAUAUGUACAUUAACAUUAAUCUUAUUUAGUUUUUUACAUAUAUAUGAUUUAUCAUCUCAUUUUAUCAUACAUCUUAUGGAAUAUUUAUAUGUUCUAUUAAUUCAAAAUAGAUCUCUACAAACAUAUGAUAUUACUAAUCAUCAUUUUGUUAACUUACCAAUCCAUAUUAUAUAUAAACAGGAACAAUCAUCAUAUAUCUUAAAACCAUAUUUUACUAAAAAAUAUCAACUAAUAAAAAUGAUAAGGAAUGUUCAAAGUAAUCAAACAUAUUAUUUAUACAAAAAUUUUAAUCUUACAUUUCAUAAGAAAAUUAUAAAAAACCCAUGUGCCAUACCUUUAGUUGAUGUAAUCAACAUUUCGAUAUUUAAUGAAGACUACUAUGAAGUAAGUCUAACAAAUAUGAACACAUGCAAUAUUUUUAGAAAUACAUUUAAUAUUUCAAAGUGUGAUAUAAUAAAUAAUAUUAUUAGUAAGGGAAUUUUAUUUGUAAAGAAAAGAGAAUGUAACAAUCAAUAUUCUUCAUAUUAUAAUAAUUCUAUAUUGUUAGAUAAUACAAACAUUCAUAUGUCUGAUCAACAACAUAUAUUUUCCUAUAAUCAAACCGGUGAAGAUACAAAGGAUAACAUAUAUAAUACAGAUUCUACUAAUUGUAUAGAUACUUAUAAGUAUCAAGAAAAAAAAAACAAAAAAGAAAAAGAAAAAAAAAAAGAAAGAAAGAAAAAUUCAUCAAAUGAUUUAAACAAACUUACCAAAUAUAUAACACAUACAAGUCAUCAUAUAGACAAUACUAUUAAAAAGAACAUACCUUUUGAUAUAUACCAAAUAAAUAAGAAUCAUAAUAAACAAAUAUUAAGAAAUAAGCUCAUUGAAUUUAAUAAUGUUAAUACAAAUCAAUUAAAUAUAUCCAAAUUCUUAUUAGAAAUUAUAAAAUUUUAUGAUAAAAAUUUUUCUAUAUUUACAGAAGAACCCCUAUUAUUAUAUCAAAUUAAAAAUACAUACAUGAAUAAUAAUAUCAAUGAAAUUAUUUUCCUAAAAUAUUAUAUAAAAAUAGAUGAACAAAAAGAUAAUCUUAUACAUUCAAAAGAUGAUAAUAUUAUAUUUGAGCAGAAGUUUGCAAAACUCUUUUUAUAUUCUAAUGAACAAUUUAAUAAAAUAUUUUUUAUAAUUAAAAAUUAUAAUAUCCAAAAUAUGGACCAUAAUCAAUCUGAUAUUGAUAUGGAUCAACAAACAGAUGAAUAUACAGAUGAUGGAAAAAAGGAAACAAAAAAAGAAACAAAUAUAAACAAAAUAAAAAAUAUACAAAAUGUACAAAAUAUGCAAAAUAUACAAAAUAUACAAAAUGUACAAAAUGUACAAAAUGCACAAAAUAUGCAAAAUAUGCAAAAUGUACAAAAUGUACAAAAAGUGCCCAAAAUAAAAAAUAUAAUUAAAAACAAAAAACUCAUUCAGAAAAUUUUUUUUCAUCUAUUAAAUUAUUAUUAUACUACAAAGAAACAUAUAUCAUAUAAAUAUGAAAACCAAAAUUUACCUUAUCCUAAUGAUUAUAACACAUAUAAUUUAAUUUUGACUCCGCCAGUUCAAAAUGGCCAAAAAAUGGAAGAUGAUAUUCAAACACAAAAAAGUAAUAUGAAUAUAGAAGAAAAAGAUUUAGAUGGAAAAUUAAAUGAACAUUCAAAAAUUUUGAACAUGAAAUAUAAGGAACAGCAACAUACAGAAAUAAAAAACAAACAAGUAUAUCCAAACACUUAUAAUUAUUUUCCCCUUUUAAUUAUUAACAAUAUUUAUAAUAAAAAACAGUUCAAAAAUAAUAUAUAUACUUUAUGUUAUAAAACAGGUGAAAAAAAUGAUAUAAAUUUUUUUCAUGAUAUCAAUAGAUUAUUAGUUCAAUUUUCCAUCAAUCGAAUUAAUACCUAUAUUAAUUCUCAACUAGCCAAAGAAAUGUAUGAUAAGUUUUAUUAUUUUUUAUUAAUACAAAAUUUACAUAUAGACAAAAAUAUACCCUAUUUAUAUAUACUCUCAUAUAUAUAUAACUCAUUCUAUUCCUUUUAUGAUUUUUUCUAUCAAUAUUGGAAAAAAAAUCAUUUAAAUAAUUUUAAUAAAAUGAAAAAUAAUGACGAUUUCAAUGUACAAAUUAAUGAACAAAUUAGUGAACAGAUUAAUAAUAAAAAGGGAAAAAAAAAACCUGAACAGUUCAGAAAAAACAAAAGCCAAAAAAAAAAAAAAAAAAAAAUUAUAUAUGAUUUACAAUUCUUUGAUUAUUUUAUAAAUGAUGAAAAAAAAAAAAAAAAAAAAAACCAUGUAAUAAUAAAUGAUAAUAAUAUAAACAAAGCAUUAUAUAAUAAGGGUGUAUUUUCAUCUACAAAUAAUAAUAUUGAAAAGGACAAAUUAACAAAUAAAUCGUCCAUAUGUGUAGACAAGAAAAACAAAAAUGAAUAUAAAACAAAUGAAAAAGUCAUUUCAUCAAAUAAUAUACAAAAGAAUAUUGACCAAAGAACAAAUAUUACAUAUUUCCCCUAUCAAUCUACAAAUACAUAUAAGGUGGAUAAUUCAUUUGAUAAUUUAAAAGAUUUACAAUGUCAUAAUUAUGAAUAUCUAAAGAUAAUGGAAGGCAUAUAUAAACAUCACUGUUCAUUUCAAAAUAGUAAUAGCUUGAUAAAAUAUUUGCCGUUUUUUAAUAAUGACUACUAUUUUGUAUAUUUUCUUGAAAAAAAUAUUAAAUUAAUUAAAACAAUUUUCAUACAAUAUUAUCAUAAAGGAUAUAUAAAAAAACCUAUACUUUUUCAAACAAAAAUAAUACCUAUAAGAACAGCAAAUCAUUUUAUCGAUUUAUUUACACAAUAUUGUAACUUUCCAAGAUAUGAUGUUUUUUGGAAUUUACUUAUUAAAAAAGAAGUAGAAAAUUUCCUGUACCUACCACAAUUUAGGAAGUCUUAUGAUUAUAAAUAUAAUAAGUACAUAUAUUCACUGUUCACUAUAAAUAGUAAUUAUUAUCAUAAUAAUUAUUACAUAUGUAAUAAUUAUGAUAAGAUUUAUCAUAUCAAAAGGUAUUACAAAAUGAAGCGCAAACAUAAAAUUACAAGAAAGGAACCAUCACAAACAUUUUUCAAAAAAAAUAUAAAUAAAAUAUUUAAUAGAAAUUUUAUCCAUAAUAUAUAUUAUCGUUAUAGGAUAGAUAUAACACAAAGUAAAUUCUUCAAAUUUAAUAAGAAGCAAUUUAAAAAGGAUGAUCAAAAAUAUAAAUUUUAUUUAUAUAAUGAACAUAAUAAUUUUCAAAUGAAAAAAAUAAAAUCACAAUGGAUUUAUAAAAUAAUCAAACAUAAAAAAAUAAAUAAAAAGAAUUCUCUUUCUUCAAUUAAACAGGAAAAAAAAAAUAUAUAUGGAUAUAAUACAACACAUACAAAUUUAAUAUUUACACAUAUUUUAAAUAUAAUAAAAAUAAAUUUUAAAAAUAAACCUUGUCAACUUAGAAUAUUUUUAUUAAAAAGUUAUAUUGAAAACAAUACAUUCAAUAUAUCUCAAUUCUUUAAAUAUUGGUAUGAGAAAAGUCAAAAUCUUUCGAACAUAAUUAUUGACACAUCUCAUAUUACCUUAAAUUCAAAAUAUAUUCAUUUGCUUUUUACAGAUAUUUUAUUUUGUUUUUUCAUAGGAAAUUUAUAA